GAAGGGGACUGAAGACGAUACAAAACAGAAAAGCUUCAAAAGUGUAUUGUAAUAUCUAAAUAUAAGCGAGACGAGAGAUUAACUCACGGAUCCGAGAUGAAGACUCGUGUGGUCCAGAUCUGGGGUUUCCUGAUGACAGUUCUGGGCUGGAUCUUCGUGGCCUGCACCAUGGCCAUGGAGGGCUGGAAGAUCACCUCAAUUGGGGGCAUGGGGGGUUCCUCCAUCAUCAAAGUAGCCUGGUACUGGUCCAGCCUGUGGAGAUCCUGUUUUACAGACUCAACUGCUGUCAGCAACUGUUACGACUUCCCUGUGCUCUGGUCUGUGGAGGGCUCCAUCCAGAUAGUGCGAGGCCUGCUGAUGUCCGCUCUUUCCCUGGGCAUGCUGGGGUUUGUUCUCAGUCUGCUGGGUAUGGAGUGCACCUUCAUUGGGGGAAAAGACCGGUCAAAGUACAAGAAGAUCUAUGCAGGCGGAUGGUGCCACAUAGUCAGCGGUGUGCUGUCCACAAGUGGUUAUGCUGUCUAUGCACAGUAUGUCUCUGUAGAAUACUUCAACCCUGACUUUGAUGGACUGAAGUAUGACCUUGGUACACCGCUGUUCCUCGGCUGGGUCGGCUCAGCCUUUCAUUCGGCUGGUGGUUUCUUCCAUCUGUGGUCGGUGUGUACACCCCUCUGUGGACCACAGGAGGUAGUAAUCAAUGUCCAGCAACUACAAGAUCCCGAGCAAACCAAGUCCACCACAGCUCUGUCCACAGUGUCCGAGAUCACCUCCAAGACCAGAUUGUCUUCAAUUUCCGAGCUGUCGUCAAAGUCUGGCUCAGACGUGUCUGGCAUUUCCUCAAGAUCAGAGCGCACAUACAAAUCUGGUCGCACAUCCAAGUCAGGACGGUCAUCCAAGACUGGGCGAACCGUCAGAUCUGUGGGGUCUGAGGGGUCAAGAUCAGCCUCGAGGUCAGGGUUGGGGUCUGGGUCAGAGUCCGGACGCUCUUCGAGGUCCAGCGUAUCAACUUUGUCUGGGUCGAGAAGCAGCGGCAGCAGCCGAACAGUGUCAUCGUUGUCAGGCAGUUCGAGGAGUGAGAGUAGACCGUUCGCCAAAAACUCGUACAUUUGAACGAAUGUGUCAUUAUGUGACGGACAAGUGUUAAUAAAUGUGACGGACAGAUGAUCUGAUACUUUUAUAUUCAAUUUCUCAAUCUGUGCUCAAAGCUAAUUCAGUCAUAUGUGUUUUGUAUCAAUAAAAAUGUGAUCUGUGUACAGUUCUUGCCGUUCUGGAAUGUGUCAAAAUUAGCACUUUCACUAGACACAAUGUAUAUUCAUUCAAUAUAAAACAUAA